AUGCCGCGCUCCUUCCUGGUGGACUCGCUGGUGCUGCGCGAGGCAGGCGAGAAGAAGGCCCCGGAGGGCAGCCCGCCGCCGCUCUUUCCCUACGCCGUGCCCCCGCCGCACGCGCUGCACGGCCUCUCGCCCGGCGCCUGCCACGCGCGCAAGGCCGGGCUGCUGUGCGUGUGCCCCCUUUGCGUCACCGCCUCGCAGCUGCACGGGCCCCCUGGGCCGCCCGCGCUGCCUCUGCUCAAGGCAUCCUUCCCGCCCUUCGGCUCGCAGUACUGCCACGCGCCCCUAGGCCGCCAGCACUCGGCCGUGUCGCCCGGGGUCGCUCACGGCCCCGCUGCCGCCGCUGCCGCCGCCGCGCUCUACCAGACCUCCUAUCCGCUGCCCGACCCCAGGCAGUUCCACUGCAUCUCCGUGGACAGCAGCUCCAACCAGCUGCCCAGCAGCAAGAGGAUGCGCACCGCGUUCACCAGCACGCAGCUACUAGAGCUGGAGCGCGAGUUCGCCUCUAACAUGUACCUGUCCCGCCUGCGCCGCAUUGAGAUCGCCACCUACCUGAAUCUGUCCGAGAAGCAGGUGAAGAUCUGGUUCCAGAACCGCCGGGUGAAGCACAAGAAGGAGGGCAAAGGCAGCAACCACCGCGGCGGCGGCGGGAGCGCGGGCGCGGGCACUGGCGCACCGCAAAGCUGCAAAUGCGCGUCGCUCUCCUCAGCCAAGUGCUCCGAGGAUGACGACGAAUUGCCCAUGUCUCCGUCCUCUUCGGGGAAAGAUGACCGGGAUCUCACGGUCACUCCCUAG